GGGGAAGCUGGGCUGCUGCGUGCUGUCCCCUGCCACUGUUUUACCUUCCCAAACCUGGGAAGGGGACACGGAGAGCUAGUCGCAAUAUUGAUCAGUUCGCUGGAGCUCGUUGCUGAUACUGGACCAGCCCCAGGGUCCCGCCGGCCGCAGCGCAGACGCCGAAUGCUGCGCAGCGGGCUGCAGUGCCCUGCCUGCUUUCCCACUGACUUCCAGAGACGGGAGCGUGCCUGAGCUGAGCAAUGAGGGGACGAGGCAGUUAAGCAGUUGCUGUCUCAAUAUUGUCGUGGCCGUGCCUAACUCAGCCUCCUGCAGAGAACGGCACCCAUGGGGGCACGGCAGGCACCCGGAGAGUGCGGGUUCCUGCGAGUGCAUUUGGAAACUGCAAGCAGCUAACACUCGCUGCCAGAGCCCCCAGAUGGGACUAGAGCCAAGCUCCUGCGCUCCUUACGGGGAUGAAGGUAGAGCCAUGUUACCUGCUACCUAAGCUCGCUGUUGCUGAUGUAGUUUGUGGAUAUGGUCCCGUACCAGGUUUCGUGCACAGACUCUCAGCUCUGAUCCUGCCCGAGACGUUUUAGCGGCCGCAGAGAGAUCCCCAGCUGUGGAGCGGGCUCCUCCGACCACCCUGCGACAGAGGGGCUGCGGCGCUGGAGAGUUACUAUGCAGCUUGGACUGUUUGUGGUGGUGGUUUUUCUAAGCUCGAUGGAUCUCACAGGCAGCAGCAAAGUGGUGAAGGGCAAGAGGCAAAGACGAAUUAGCACUGAGCUGAGUCAGGGCUGUGCCAGAGGCUGCGACCUGUGCUCCGAGUUCAAUGGGUGCCUGAGAUGUUCCCCCAAACUCUUCAUCCUUCUGGAGAGGAAUGAUAUCCGGCAAAUUGGGAUUUGCCUACCAUCUUGUCCACUGGGAUACUUUGGCCUUCGCAAUACAGACAUGAACAAGUGCAUCAAAUGCAAAAUUGAGAACUGUGAGUCCUGUUUCAGUCGAAACUUUUGCACAAAAUGUAAGGAAGGUUUGUAUUUGCACAAAGGGAGAUGUUACGUCACAUGCCCCGAAGGCUACUCUGCUGCCAACGGCACCAUGGAGUGCAGCAGUCCUGCACAAUGUGAAAUGAGUGAGUGGGGGCCCUGGGGCCCCUGCUCCAAGAAGAGGAAGCUCUGUGGCUUCAAGAAGGGCAACGAAGACCGAACGCGGCGGAUUCUGCAGGCUCCCUCUGGAGAUGUGUCCCUGUGUCCUGCCACCACGGAGGUGCGGCGAUGCACUGUGCAGAAGAACCAGUGCCCCGAAGGGAAAAGGAAGAAAAAGGAAGAGCAAGGAAAGCAAGACAGUGCAAAUGGGAACAGAAAUCGGAAAGACACCAAAGAUGCUAAGUCUGGCACCAAGAAGAGGAAGAGCAAACAGAAAGGGGCUGCGGUCCCCGCGACGUCUGCUAGCCCUGCCCAGUAGCUGCCCCUUUACGUCACCUGAUGGCAAGACUUCAUUGCUGCUAUGUAUAUGAAAGCUUUAUUGAACCAGAGCACUGCUACACAACACGUACACAUGUCCAGAAAGACAGACAUAUACUCCCAGACUGACCCACAGACCCGACAGAAACCACACACACAAUAAGGAGGCUGCACACACACACCCCCCACCCAGGAUCGCAGAUGGAUGCUGCUGAGGAGUGGGAGUGCACAUGGAGGGAAGCCCACCUCCCCAGGGCUCCGCGGGGGACGCUGCGGGGAGGAGAGGUGGAGUAUGAGUCAGCGAAGGACCCAGACGCGAGACUUCAUGACCAAAGGCCUCAACUCGAGACCGGGCGCGUGGCCCCAGCGCAGCAUGGCUGCAGCCAGAGGGACGAGACCGGCGCCGCAUGGCCGCUCUCCCUGACAUGGGACCCAGACUCACACAAAGGCAGUGGCCUCUUUCUCUUCCCCCCACCCUUUAUUUUGUGUUUUAAGCUGUAUGACUUUAUCAUUGCGAAUACAUGUUAAACGUUUGUGGUAAGAGGUCAGUGGUAUCUGCCCUGAAUCUGCUUCAAAGAGUUAUUUCAAAUUAAAAAACAAAAACCAAAAUGACAA